GCCGUUUGUAAUUAACGCCUACGAAAGUAGUAAAGCUUCCAAUUUCUACGUUUUGUAUCAUAAAGUUUCAUAUAUUUUCGUGGUUAGUCAUUUUCGUGGUGCACGCCAAGUUAAACAAAAGAAAACAUACAAACAUGUACGAUCAAAUGAGCGACGGACGAGGCUAUCUUGUGUAUAAGAACCGGUACAACGGGAAAGCUGAACAGGAUAAUCCGAAUCUUAUGUUUAUUCUGCUAUCAAUAAAUGAGAAAUAUGCCUCUUCCCGAUACAGUACCUACCGGUGCGCUGGAAAAUUGUAUGCACUGCAGAAAGCCCUCUACACGUCCUACAUUCCAUUUGAGAUGGUUCAUUCAAUUUUGAAUCGACACCAGCUGAGUCUCAUCGACAGUGCACCUUCUAUCAAACCUCCUCAACUGACCGCCGUAUUGCAUGACGUUUAUUUCGCGGCCUCACGAAUGGGGUACUUUGAUGAUCUCCCAACGCCGUUGAAUCUCGAAGCCGCCAGUGCCAUCUUGGCAGGCUUCUUCUGGGCCGUUUUUGACCCGAAGCGUUCUUCACCGAUAUCGGUGCUGGAGCUUCGUCAAACGUUUUUACUGUUGUGCAGUCAUGCGAAUCAUGCACAAAUGAUAUGGGAACACUUUCGACUCAUCAGCGAUCACAACUUGUGUGUUUCGCGACAUCGCUUCGAGGCAAUGUUGACCGUGCUGUCGAAAAUGCUUAUGUUCCUUGGUGAACCAGACCAUCUUCGGCCGGCGAUGGUGCAGCAGAUUACGAGCGAAUGCUUUCUCAACUACCCGGGCCUGGUUGGCCUGACAGAGUACCAGUUUUCGUGCCUCUGGAAGCUGUCGUCGCUCUUUUCCUAUUACGCUAACGUCGUGUCGUUGAACAAGCGAAUGCAGGAUACGGAGCAUAUUGUACAUGGUUUACCAUGCUAUGCCUGCCGUACUAUGAUCAAUGGGCUGCGCUUCAAAUGUCAGCGUUGCCGUAAUGUUUCCCUGUGCAUCGAUUGUUUCACACAUGGCUUCGCUAACAAGCAACACAAUAUGUCGCACAAAAUGUUCGAAAUUAGCAGCAACGAGCAGGAUCACCCGGCGCGCUGUGGUGUCUGGUUAAGCAAGUUGUGGCACUGGGUUUGGGCGACCCGCUACCAGGAGGAAGCUCCGUCUCCUUCCACCUACGAAAAUAUGGAGGCAAAACUAAUCGAUACAAAAGCCGUCGAGCUGAUGCAGGAGGGUGCUUCCGAGCCGCAUGAUACAUUGGUCAAAGAGGCCUUGCUGGCUACACUUUCGCGCGCAUCAACCUCCACAGUGAAGCGCAAUAUGAGUCUGUUCAGUAGCGUGGAGUACAACAGCUUUAACAAUACUCAGCAGAAACAUUUACUCAUCAAACUUGCAUCCGUUACUGGCACGCUAGAAGAACAUCACAACGAGUACCGAAAGCAAGUGACCGAGUACUGGAAUACGCUUACUGCUGAAGAAAAGAAAUCAGUCAGUAAAAUGCAUUCAUAUCUCACGACUUACACGCAACAAUUCGCUGAGUGCUUGGAGCAGAUAAAACUAAUAAGCACACAUACCGCACAGGCUAUACCGCAAUGUUCUAGCACGCCAUAUCGUCGAUCCGCACUCACGUUAGUUGCAAAUGACUGUGCAAACGAAUCAACCAAAUCAAAGUACUCCCCUGAAGUUGAAGAGAAAAGAUCCUUCGUUGGUUCGUCCCGACUGGAGAAAACAGAACUCUCGGUACGGGACAUCAGCACCUGGUUCCAUAUCGAUUUAUCAACUUCAGGAUCGGCGCCCGGUGCAGGAGAAUCGGAAUCCAAGAGAAACGAUGAAAAGGUGACAAACGCUGUAAUGAAGCAAUGCGACGAGACCUCCAAUCCGGUGACCGACGAAAACGAGCUAUCGUACCGCAUUGACCGGCUGAAGCUGGACACGCAGAUGGCAAAUUUUCGCGAUCUAUUGCUGAAAGUACGUGAAAUCGUUGACGACUCCUACAGUGACAACACGGAGCUGGCCCGCUCGACGCUACAAAUUGAAAAAGCUCUAGAUCGUAUUAUCGCGGAAGAGGAACUGAAGCGUGCUAAGCUGCUUGUUUAGGUUCGCAGUGAGAGAAUAGAUUUAUCUAUAACGUUAAACCACAUUUGCAUAAAAUGAUAAAAAUGAAAUAAAAACUUUUUUAAUUGAA